AAUUUAGUACUGAUAUUGCAAGUAUUCAUAUAGAAAAAUCAGUAUGGAUAGAUGGUUAGGUAAAGUUGCUGUUGUGACUGGGGCAUCCAGUGGUAUUGGUGAAGCAAUCACCAAAAGAUUAGUUGGUCAUGGAAUGAAAGUGGUCGGUUGUGCAAGAAAUGAGGAAAAACUGAAACAAAUUGCAUCAGAAAUCAACGGGAAGGGUCAAGGGGAGAUGUUCCCUUUAAAAUGUGAUGUAAAAGACGAAACACAAAUUUUAAAAGUGUUUAAAUUUGUGAAGGAAAAAUUUGGAACCAUGCAUGUGAUGGUUAAUAAUGCUGGAUUGGCACAUUUUGCUGCAUCUUUACUUGCAGGCAAAACUGAGGAUUGGAAAGAUAUGCUUGAUGUCAAUGUUCUCGGGUUAUCUAUUUGCACGCGAGAAGCAAUUCAGCUGAUGCAGGCUGGCAAUGUUGAUGAUGGUCAUUUGAUCAACAUCAGCAGUGUGGUUGCGCAUGUGAUUAGUUCUAUGGCUCCUUUCUACAGUGCAACCAAAUUUGCUGUGAAGGCUUUGACUGAGGGAUUAAGAAAAGAACUUCGUGACAAAGAUUCCCAAAUCAGAGUCACUUCUAUUUCACCUGGUGCUACUUUCACUGACUUUGGUUACAGAGCAAUGCCUCAGUUGAGAGAAAGCACACCAAAUCUAGCUUCCGUUAUGCGUUUCCUUAAGGCAGAAGACAUUGCAGAUUCUGUGUUGCAUGCAUUGCAAGCCCCGCCACAUGUGGAUAUCAACGAAAUUAUAGUUCGGCCGACAGAUGAUUUCUCUAAACGCACAAAAACCUAAGCUAAACCUCAACAGACUGUACUGUUUUAAUCACAACCGUAUGCUCUGUAAUUAUAGAUCAUUAAUUCGUAUUCAUAAUCGCUCUGUUGCUAAUAAAUUGCAUCUUUUUUACUCUUUUAAUGAUUUUUGCACUACCUUCACCGUGUACAGGCAAUAAAUUGUAUGUUUAUGGUUGAUUUAU